CAUAAUCCUUGGUGAAUAAAAGCACCAAAGUAAAAGCCAAAAAUAUAAAGCAAGAAUAUGGGGAACGGAGCCAAAGAAGAAGAAGAAUAUGGGAGGAUACAUCAACUUUCACCUUCUCUUUACCUUUCUUUCCUUCUCCUAGAGCUUAUCGGCAAAAACGAAUUAAUUUAGAUAGCCCUUCGUGGCUCUGGUGUCGGCUACCCCACCCCUCAAGGGGAUGGCAGUAUAGGCUAUUGAAAAUUUUAUUGACAGUACUAUAGAUUUCUUGUGCAUGGGAUCUAUUGGAAAUACGAAUCCUUGGGCACCUUAUAGUUACAAGGACUGUUCACAAGGAAUUUGUAGCAUGUAUUGUCCACAGUGGUGCUACAUAAUCUUCCCUCCUCCUCCCCGUCCUCCUCUAUCAGAGGAUGAUUCCAAGACCCCAUUUUCCCCUCUGGUUAUCGCUAUCAUUGGCAUCGUGGCAAUUGCGUUUAUGCUGGUAAGUUACUAUACCAUUGUCACAGGAUAUUGCGGGCAAAGAAAUAAUCCAAAUGCGAGUGUGGAAUUGGAUGAAAUUCACGAUGAAACGAAUCGUGAUCAGCGGCAGGUUACUUCAAAUGGACUAGACGAGGCACUUAUUAAGACUAUCACAGUUUUUAAGUACAACAAAAGUGAUGGUCUAAUUGAAGGGACUGAGUGUUCUGUUUGUCUAAGUGAAUUCGAAGAAAAUGAGAGUCUUCGACUACUUCCAAAAUGCAGCCAUGCUUUUCACCUUCCUUGUGUCGAUACAUGGUUAAAAUUUCACGCGAAUUGUCCUCUUUGUCGUGCCAAUGUUACUUCUACGAAUCCUGUGCCUCUAUCUGCUCCGAGUUCUCAAAAUUCGCCGGCUCUCAACAUAGCAUCUCUUGAAGUUCAAGGCUCGGAUGAUUUAAUCGUGGUGGUGGAUGAUCAUGAUCGUGAAAGUAACCACCAUGAGAAUGAGGUUGUUAGUGUUACCGAUGAUACUCGACCAAAAAGCCCCUGUCCACCCAAUACCAAUGCGGAGGAUUCCGAAACAAGAAAUAGUAACAUUACAAGGACUACUGAUCCUAAAGAUGGUAACAACUUUACCAGAUCAAGUUCUUUAGGUACAUUUUCGUGUCAAAACGAUCUUUCAGUUGGUGAAAUUUUGCGAAUUGAAGAAGGUGAUGAAGACAUACGAAUGAAGAAAUGUCAAUCUUGGAAGGAAUCUGGUUCCUCAAGAGGACUUUAAUUGUUCAGUUGCAAUAAAAAGAUCCAUUUCCACUGGCAGAUGCGUGUGCACUGUUCAUGACGAAGGCAAGAAUUCUGUAAUCCUUCAUUGAAUAGAUAUAUCUUCUGCGGAGAAUAAUCUUUGUAAAUUGUCAAGAUUUACCAAUAUAAAUGAAAAUAAUGAGCUCA